CCGACGCGCUGACCCUGCGCAUCUCAUCCGCGGGCAGGGGGUCACCGGGAGGCCGGGACGCGGAGAGCCCAGCCCCUCCAGCCGACAAACGAGCAGCCCCGCUUAAAUACCUCCGCGCCUGCCGCACCCGAACCGCACAGCUCGCCGACCCGGGGACCUGCGCGCCCGCGUACCGCCGCCGAGCAGCAGAGACAGAGCCCACCCAUGCCUGCGCACUUAAUGCAGGAGGAGGAGUUCUCCUCCACUUCCAGCGCCACCACUGUUGGCACUGUCACCUCCCGGGCGACCAGGAACGGGGAUGCCAUCGUGAAGAAGGACUUACUCGAUCAUGAGGACUUGGCAAGAGAGCGGGGCAUGAUAGAUGAUAUCUUCGAUGAGACCUACCAGGAGAAAGAGGGCCCCAAGCCUCCCUUGCGAUACGUCUGGAGGAAUAUCAUCCUCAUGAGCCUGUUGCAUCUGGGGGCCAUAUUCGGAUUGACACUGAUACCCUCUGCAAAGAUCCAGACACUGGCAUGGGCCCUUCUGUGUUUCAUGGUGAGUGCUCUAGGGAUAACAGCUGGAGCUCACCGCCUCUGGAGCCAUCGGUCCUACAAAGCCACGCUGCCCCUGCGGAUCUUCUUGGCCAUUGCAAACUCUGUGGCCUUUGAGAAUGAUAUCUACGAGUGGGUCAGGGACCACCGUGUCCAUCACAAGUUCUCUGAGACGGACGCGGACCCGCACAAUGCCAAGCGAGGCUUCUUCUUCUCCCACAUCGGCUGGCUGCUGGUGCGCAAGCACCCGGACGUCAUAGAGAAGGGACAGAAGCUGGACCUGAGCGACAUAAAGGCUGAUAAAGUGGUGAUGUUCCAGCGAAGAUUCUACAAGCCCUCGGUGGUGUUGCUGUGCUUCACUGUGCCCACUGUAGUGCCCUGGUACUUCUGGAACGAAUCCAUCAUCAUCAGCUUCUUCAUUCCAGCCAUCCUGCGCUACGCUGCAGGGCUCAAUGCCACUUGGCUAGUGAACAGUGCUGCUCAUAUGUAUGGCUACCGGCCGUAUGAUAAGAACAUCAACCCACGGGAGAACCCCCUGGUCAGCCUAGGGGCUCUAGGAGAAGGCUUCCACAACUACCACCACACCUUCCCCUAUGACUACUCUACCAGUGAGUUUGGCUGGCACUUCAACUUAACCACAGCUUUCAUUGACCUCAUGUGCCUCCUGGGGCUGGCCAGUGAUCGCAAGAAGGUCUCCAAGGAGGUCAUCAUGGCUCGGAAAUUGCGGACUGGAGAUGGAAGUGGCAAGAGUGGCUGAGUACCCACUCCCCUUCACACAUACAUCCACACCUCUCCUUCCUCCUUUUUUUCUCCUUUUCCCUUCCUUACCCCUCUGAACACGCUGGACAAAGGUGUAAUGUUCUGUUUACUAACUACUGAAUAAUGAUACCAGUUUGCUUACGAUAAUGAGUUUUAACUCUCCUCCCAUGAUGUAUUUUACAUGAUGUAUUUAAGAUCUAGGACUCUGCCUUUAUAACACAAGGCCACCCUUUUCCCUCCUCUCCUCCUUUCCAUUCAUUCUUUCAUCGCUCAACCCCAUCUCCCGCUUUACAUUGUCCCAGUCUCUCCCUGGCAACAGAACUGGUAGGAAGCAGCCCAGGGAAGCCUGCUCAAGAGUUGAGCCAAAGUCAGUGACCCUCACCUCGCCAUCUUAUGCCCAAAAUUUAUUCUCCUGUCCCUCAUACUUUCUCAAGGGCUGCAGAAAGAUGUGUCAUGGCUAAGCUGCACUCCCCAGGAAAAGCAGCCCCAUCCUCUUCCCUUGCUGUCAGAAGGAGCAUUUUCUCUUCCCAAAAUGGAAAGUGUUCUUCCACCACACAGCCUCUGGUCUGGAAGAGGAAUACCCCUAGACUCUCUCAGAGCUCCAGCCAGGCUGAGGUGGGUCUAGUGGGAGCCUUGGUGGCCUUAUCUCCUCCCUCUAGUGUCAGAGCCUCCCUUCCUGCAUGGCCUGCUGUGCCCCAUGCCACCAGGGACUGAAGGCAGAGCCCAGCUCCAGGCUCCAUAGCCCCUUUGGAGAACUACAGUGAGGAGGGGGAUAGAUACAGGGGUAUGUCACUGGCUGGUGUGGGGCAGCACCACUCCAGGGUGGUUUUGUUCACCACCACAGAUGAGAUUUUCAUCAUCAAACAGGACUUUGCCAAAAUGGACAGGGGAAGAAAGAUGUAAGCCAAAGCUGCACUGCUGAGUUAAGCUGCUUUAUGUGCUGGAGGAAGAGGGUCCUCACUGGGUGGCAGGCAGGUGUCUUGGUGUCCAUGCCUGCCCUUUAGAUCCACAUCGGGUGCUGAGUACAAGGACAAGGCCAGGGAAUACCUGCAGGGUGAGGAUGUCUGCAGGAGCAGGUCUCUCCAUCCUCAGAGGUUCUGCUCAGGCAAUUAACAAGUGACUGAGAGACACUGAGACAGAGCCAGGCAGCACCAGAAGCUCGAGGGAGUCGAGACCUCCCAGAUGAGAUACUGCUGCCAGUAUAGGCCAGGGUCCACCAGGGUGGUUUGCCAUUCUCUGCUCCUCUGAUGGACCAUGAAGGGGAGGUGAAAGCAGGUCCGCAUUAGUUCCUUAGCUAGUCUCUCCGCCCCCUCAGCAAGCCAUCUCGCCACCUCAGUUCUUUGCUGGCAAGGCAGGCAGUGAGGGCAGGCAGUGAGGGCGGCUGAGCCUGUGGAAAGGUCACUUAUAUCACUGAGCCCAUGUGGGCGCGCAGCUGAGCCUGUGCUGGGGAAAGAAGUUGCCAUGGGUGUUGUUCCCUCAAAGUCGUAGACUUGCAGCUUGAGUUCAGGCAGUGGGUUGUGUUCUAAGCAUCAUGGCCCCUCACUCCUCACUAGGCCAAACGUGCUUUUAUUCCCCCUUAACUCUCUCCAUUAUUACUAAUUUUUAUUAUUAUUAUUAGUUGUAGUAAUAGUAUUGAUUUUGUUGUUUAAAUGCAUCAAAUAGAGUUGGAGGAAAGCACAAGAGGUGGCUGGAACAAGGUGAUGUUGGAAUGGGGUUCACAGUGUCUCCCUUAAUCAGGCAGGCCGGGGAGGGCAGAGACAGAGCAGAUGCCAAUUUCCUCAGCUCUGCCACAUAGCAGACAGGCAGGCUCACAGGAGCAAGUCUCUGCAGCUGCACUUUCUACUGCUGCUGUGAAACUCACCAGGAACCAGGACAGCUCUGUGAUGGUCUUAUUAACAAGAGCUCUUCUUACUCUGAAAAGAAGUCCUUCUCCUCUCCUUUCUCCUCCAUGCCACCUCUGUGGCCUUGUUGUUGCUCAGCAAUGGGACCCUUUGAAGUUUCACACCAUCAGGAGCAAUGUCAUCUCCAGCCAAGAGGUACAACAGGGACAAACCGGGAGCCGUUCAGCUCCCAGUGUCUGGAGACAGCAUUCUUAAUGCUGAGGCUUGUGACUGCCUUGGGGCUGGCUGGGGCUAAGAGGGUUGUGGCUAGAAUUGUGUCCUACCAGUUUAAAGAAAAAAGAAAAGCCCCCCCAAAAGAGAAAUGCUGUUGGCUCUGUAAUUGCAGGUAAUUCACUCGGGUCUAAGCCCUUUUGAACUCACAAAAGUCUCCAGAGAGGAUGACUUUGCUGCAGCCAGUAGCUUGAAAGGGGCGUGGGGAGGCAAGAAGGCGAGGAGAAUGAUUUCUUUGCUCCUGGUGCCCUCACAGUGUUGUGUGACAUACCCUAUGGUAAAGAAGCACGCUGAAGUAUUUCACAUCCUCUCAGCAGAGAAGCUGAGUUUGACAUCAAGGGUUCCUUUCAAAUUUCAAGUGCUGAUUCAGGUCCAGAAUCUAGAAUUAGGGUGGAAGCUGAGGAUCAGUAACCAAACAGUCCUGGUGUUUGCCUAGUCACUUUAAAGGUAGAUUGGCAAAUAUCUCUGGGUGCCUUAAAUCUUUCUUUAAUAUACAUAGGAGUAUUGACAGCUAUUUGCCGUAAUUUUAUUUUUUUUUCUCCUUAAUUAUGAACAUUUGAGGGGUUUCUUAAUUAUUUAAUUGCCUACAUCAAACUGUGGGUGCAGGUGAUUUUUGAAUGUACUUGAGUUAGAAUUUUUGUUAGAUUAAGAAACAGAUACAACACUUUUAAGUAGAACUUUGUUUGAGAUAUAUAUAUAUAUACCUAUAAAUAUAUAUAUAUUUUUGGUGGCAUGUUUGUAUCCUGGACGCAUCGUCUGUAUGUUUAGCUUAAAUGAGUCCUUGAGAGGUGGGAACAGAGAAGGCAGCAGUGGGAUUUUCCUGGGAUCUGUUCCCAGCUUAGCUAG